AUGUCACUAGAUAGAAUCAGAAAGAGCUUUAAAUCAUUUCUAGGCUUUAAUAAUAGUCCUUAAAAUGAACACUCCUCUCAAGCAUCCAUAUCCAUUCCUCAAGAAUUCAAAUCCUCAAAUUCAUAAUCAUAAUGUAUUAUCAAAAAUAAAUUUGUUUAAAUUGAAAAAAAAUAAGAACGUAUCAAUCCUUACAAGAAAUCUCUUGACCGCUUAAAAGAAUACUAUAAAACUAUGGUCAAAGGAACAGAUUUCACUAAAUGCCCUACAAUCUAAUAUUAGAAUAAUCAAGAUGAAGUAAUAUUGCUCUCUAUUAACUUUCAAGAAACCUGUUAUUGAUCACAAAAUUAAUAACCCUAGAUGGAAGAGAGAUGAUUAAUCUUAAGAAUCCUAUUCAUAGAGUUUAAAAUAGAGUUCCCAUUAUGACAUACCUUAACCAUCUUUUGUUUAAUUCCAAAUCAAACCAACUAAAAAUUAAAUCCAUGAUUCUUAGAUCCUCUCAUAAUCAAGAGAAAAAUAAGCAUCAAUUAAUUUUUAAAAAAAACUAUUUCUCUCCUAUUUAGAAGAUAAACCCAUCAAUUAUAAAGAAUUUAAUACAAAUAUUACAAAUGAAGAAAAAAAAAAAAAAUCAUCUUAAAUCUCCAUUCGAAGAGCUGAAAGCACUACAUUAGAUGAUUUAGAAAGUUUAAAAGGUAGAUAAACUAUACAAAAACCAGAAAAUAAUUUAAACCAAAAUGAUGAUGAAAAUUUAAAUGCAUAAGAAUCUAUAAUUAUUAAAAAAUAGCCAAUAUCAAAAUUUAGUAAAUUANUCGCCUUUACCAUCAGAUGUAAUAGUUUCUAAUUUGACAACUAAAUGAUGUUAAUAAGCUUUAGAAUGUUUGACUGCAUGAUUAUUUCCUCCUGA